CUAAGCUUCACAAAGAUGAAAAAGCUUUAUGGUGCCGCAAAUUCUGGGUAUCGUGGCGCCAUCGAGACCUUCCUUCGAAAUUUGCUUCCAUUGAUAAUCUGGGAAACUACCUUAUAUAUCAACUGCAAGUAUCUGGAGUGGUCAAUCAUGGUGGUUUCCAUGGCAAUCAUUCCCUCCUGCAACAAUUUUGGUCGACCUCCACAUUGCUCUCGCACUCGCAGUCAUAACGCUCGCAAUCUCAAAUUCUGCCGCCGUAUCUGUUGCCAUGUUCAUCGGAAUCGGGUCUCGUUUAAUUUUGGCCCUAGUGUAGCAGAUUCGCUUCGUUAUCUUCAAUACCGGAGACGGAAUUUAGCUUCCGUCACUUGCUCGGCUUCUGAUAAACCGGAAAUCAGUUCCACAGCCAAGAUAAGAAGUGAAGUUCUGUCUCCAUUUCGGUCUGUUCGGAUGUUCUUUUAUCUCACUUUCAUUGCCAGUGGUACAUUGGGAGGACUGAUAGCAACCACUCAACUGCUUGCUGCAUUGGCAAAUUCAUCAAGAGCUGAAGAAGUCCCUGAUAUUCUAAAUGGACUUGGAAUAGACUUCGGAGCCGUAGCCUUUUUCGCAUUUCUUUACUUCAGAGAGAACAAUGCAAAAAAUGCUCAGUUGGCAAGGCUGUCAAGAGAAGAAAGCCUUUCCAAUUUAAAGCUUCGAGUGGACCAAAACAAAGUUAUUACCAUCAGCACUCUGCGUGGGAUCGCUCGUCUUGUAAUUUGUGCUGGCCCCGAAUCCUUUAUCAUGGAAGCUUUUAAAACAAGUGAACCUUUCACCGAACGACUUCUAGAACGAGGGGUAUUAGUCAUACCCUUUGCCACAGAUGCUAGUUCACUGAAUUUUGAGUUCGAUGAACGUGAAGAGAUGAAGGAUAUAACCACCAAAAGGAAAAGACUCUGGCGCUUGACUCCGGUAUACAUGUCCCAGUGGUCGGCGUGGUUAGAUGAUCAAAAGAAGUUGGCUGGAGUCUCCUCUGAUUCGCCUGUGUAUUUAUCUCUUCGAAUGGAUGGCCGUGUUCGUGGUAGUGGGGUUGGCUAUCCUCCAUGGAAUGCUCUUGUUGCACAAUUACCACCUGUGAAAGGACUAUGGUCAGGUCUUCUAGAUGGGAUGGAUGGCAGAGUUCUUUGAAGAAAAACACUAGCUCUUCUUCCAAAUAUUUACGAUGGAGUGGAGUAGGCGUUUUGUAAUAAUCUUUAAGCCAUCCAGGAUGUUGCCCUUGUGAAAUCAUCUCCAACACCAUUGUCAUGCUCGACUGCCUGAGAAAUGGAACCGAAUCUCAUGACAGCCGAAAUACAGGUCAGAGAUUUACUUCUUACUUUUUGGGUGUUCUAACAAUAUAGGUCGAUAAUAUAUAUCUAAACCAGUUGAGCUAUACUCAAUUUGGCAAAGGUUUAACGUUCUUCGACAUCGUAACUUUUAUAUUGGAUCUCGAAUCCAAUAUUCUUUGUUAUUAGUAUUUGCUCCGGCUAUUACAUUGUGUGGAUGCAAAUCUGUUAAUAGUUAGUUGAAUAUGUAUUUAGAUACACCCAGUAUAUGGUAAUAAAGCGAUUGUACACUUUCAUUCAAUGUAAA